CACCAGCAUCCGGCGGCGCGAGCACAAUCGUUCAGGCAUCCGCAUGGACAGGCGCUUCCGUCGAAUUUUGUCACCCACGCCUGCGGGUUACCAGCGUCAGCAGCGUCCACCAUGAUGACAACCGGCGGGUCGUCUGGCUCCGGUUACCCAAGUGUCGACAGCUACGAUGCACUUGUAACUACAAGACUGGCCGCUCCAGGGGUAAAACAUGCGACGACCGCGCUUGUACGACAGAAUGCAGGUGCGUGUGCAACUGAAGCAGUGCGGACAGGCACCUCGUUGGAACGACAGAGUCCUCGAAGGUAUGAACGGGCAACAAGCAGUUCUAUGGGCAGACAGCGGAAGUCGCGUAGAGGUUCCUCAGCGUCCGCCGCCAGCUCACGGAAAGGCUCACUGAGCGGCCGUCGAUUUUCGGAGACGUCGCUGCUCGCGGAUCCAGACGUGGUAGCUAGAGUGCUAAUAGAAAAGACAUGAAGAUGAAGAUAAAUCCAUUGUUUCUUUGCAGAGGGUGUAGAAAGCAAGCGUCUGCCCUGUUUGGAAUUUUGUUGACUUUCAAAUGUUUCUUUUUGCACCAAAAGCUUGAGAAAAUUUUAUGGAUACACGAAAAGUUUUCUUCUUUUUCUCUUUCAGAAAAAUGCUUCAGCUGCACGGAUUAGACCGACACCAGCGCCUGAUACCGCGCGAUCUGCGGCGACGAGCUGUUGGAACCCUGAUCAGGUACUAUCAGUAAGCAGGAACGACAUUAUUUGUACUAGCUUAUGAUUGUGUUGUCGUUCUCGUUGUAGUGCACGGAGGACGGCAUCACUAUCAAAUGUUACAUCUACUUGCAGCUUCACGAUAUUCCUACUUUUUCAAAGCAUAAUCGGCCGACAAGUUCUUGUUCUAUCUUGUAUCAAAGCUAGAUCAGAGCUUAAUACAUCUCUCCAGUUAUAUGUUACACAAGUACAAUCUCCACUAGCAGACGGAGUCUCUUUUCGGGCAGCAGGAUGGGUCACGAAGCUACAAGAUUUGCGUCCGACCUGAACCGGCGGACCCAUAUCAGAGUCACAAGUACAUCUCUGUAGAUCCGGUUCCACAGGCUCCCACGAUCGGCUUUCGGUGCUGACGGAAGUGGAAAAUUACAUUUACAGAUGAACUAUUUUUACAGGGUUUGUUGUAGGAAAAGACGAGUGACUGUAGCUAGAUGCCACUAAUGAUGAAAAUUGCAUCACCGGACGUCGUUUGUGAUUUUAUUUCUACAAUUUGUAUAUGUGAUGUUGUUCGUGCUUAGUAACUUUUACCUUAGACUUCUACUCCUUUUGACCACAAAGACGCUUGACUGCGAUUCCCAAAUUUGAUUGAAGAACAUCGAGAACGAAAAAGACAUAUUCAUAUGUGGCGCGAAGCCGAUAGUGCGUAUCGCUUUGGCUGCCUGAGCAAACUACUGCUCCUUCUGUGCUCUGUCUUCUAUUGCCCUUGCAAU